GUGGCCAGCCAGGCGGCGGCUGCGGCGGUGCCGAUGGCCGUCAUUAGCCCGCAAUAUUGCUCGCCGUACGGCAUGGAGAUGACGAUUGUCAAGGGGUUCGGGAGGUUCACCGUCGCGGACAUGAGCGGCAACGUCAUCUUCCGAGUCCGCCGAAGCCUCUUUAACAUCCGAGCCCGCCACCGCCUGUACAAUGCCGUCGGCAUGCCCCUCGUCACUCUCCGACAAAAGAUAAUGUCGAUACAUGGGAGAUGGCGAGCAUACAUGGGGGACAGUUCGUACAGCAGAGAUUUGAUAUUUAAUGCGAGGAGGGCGUCGGUAUUAGGGGGCAAGGUCAUCUCGGAACUCAACGCCUACUUGCCCGCCAACAUAAGCGAGCACUUCUACGACUUCAAGAUCAUAGGAGGCUACCAGUCCAGCACUUGCACCAUCUACGCCGGCAACUGUGUCACCGUCCUUGCCCAGAUGCAGAAGAGACCAGACUUGGGAGCCUUAUCGAUUUCGGGGAGAGAGCAAUACGUGCUGAGAGUGAGUCCCAAUGUGGAUUAUGCCUUCAUAGUCUCCCUGUUGAUUAUUUUCUUCGCGCAUGAAGAAGCUCGCGGUGCGUCUCUUUUUCAUCAUCACGACGCCAGUCCUUUUGGACAUUUCUGA